GGGUGUGUUUAACUCAACGCACGUGAAAGUCUCCUAUUUCAGUUUCACUUUUGUAAACGAUGAGGAAAUAAAAGCACUAAGCUCGUCAAGUGCAAUUUCUAUUGUGUUCAUCACAUUAGGGAUCAUAAAGUGUCAGUAAUCAAAGCAGGAGUAAUGAUCAGAGAUAAUGGAAAACAGACCUGACGAGAGUGUUUUAAAUCACUCGACCACACUGACGAACAAACAGCGUGGGAACGAGGCCACAGUCCGCCCGGCCACUUUAGAUGUCCUCUCUAUUCAUCAGCUGUCAGCCCAGGGAGAGAUUUCCCAAGUAGAGACACAUCUUGCCAGAGACAGUUCUCUGUUGAAUAGUCAAGAUGAGCGAGGUUUCACGCCACUGAUGUGGGCCGCUGCUUUUGGAGAGAUAACAAUGGUAGAGUUUCUACUUCAGAAGGGGGCAGAUCCGAAAAUGAUGGCCAGGGAACGAGAAAGUGCCCUGUCUUUGGCCAGCGCUGGGGGAUUCGCAGAUAUUGUUAAUAUUCUGCUACAAAAUGAGGUUGAUAUUGAUUCCUAUGAUUGGAAUGGCGGGACUCCUCUACUGUACGCAGUUCGCGGGAAUCACUUGAAAUGUGUUGAAGCUCUCUUAAGAUCUGGGGCAGACAUCACAUUUGAAGCAGACUCUGGAUACAGCCCUGUGGCCCUUGCCGUUGCUUUGGGCCACAAAAAAGUGCAAAAACUCCUUGAAGAUCACAUACUGAAACUGUUUCGGGGGCCAGUUUCGGUAUCGGAAAACACAUGAAGCAAAUGACUGCCUUAAAAACUGUUCUUCAAUAAUCCUGCAUACUUUAUAGGUUGAAAUGGAAGAUGUAAAGAAAAAUCUGAUUUUCUAUACUUUUUUAAUAAAACACUCUUAUAAACACAUAGUUUACA